AUGGAGGAGCAUGGGCUCGCGUUACAUCGUGCAUUCCAUGAAAAAGCUUUGGCAGUGGCACCUAAAGCUGGAAGAGAGCCGGGCGAAUUUUGGGCAGCUAUACUUGAGCCUGAUAAGAAUUUCUCAAAUUUGGAUUCGGAAAAUUUGCAUUGGUUCAAGGUUAAAGGCAAACACACUGUUGCGAAAGUACAAAAAGCAUUUCACAAGAAAUGCGGGGUUGCGGUUUUACUUCACCAAGGUCAUCACAUGGUGUCGUUGACAAGUCAGAUGCGACAACUCAACUAUUUUAAUGAUGAUAUUAUCAUUUUUUGGAGUACGACAACUGCCUCUGGAGAUAGUGUUUCUGAAACCACACGAACGCCAUUACAAUCAAUCAAUGAUGCAAUACAAAAUCGCAUGCACUCCGCAUCUGAGACGCCGAAAAAAUUGAAGCCCGACCCUGAACCGACACCGGCUACGGUGAAGGCAGAAUCAGUUGUCUCAAAUAUCUCUCCAAGCCCCUUCAACACGCCUGCCAUCUCCCGUUCGGGACCUGAAGUUGGACAGUUUCCAACCCCUGGACCUUUAGGAUCAGGUUCAACUCAACUAAGUGCACCUCCGUCAGAACCCACUCCUGGUUAUAAGGUGUUCGCUGACGCUCAUCGUAAAAACUAUUGGGAAUCCAAAGGUACACCUGCUUCUAUUGAGUCUGCUUUGAAAAAGUCAUGGACUGUUCUGACGCCCGCGUCGCGCCAAUUCUGGGAAUCAAAAGCUCCGAAAAAUGCCAACAAUACACCCUCACCGGGCAAUUAUUCUGCGUCGAAUGACCUCCUAGGUUUUGAGUCCUUUGCUGAAAUACACCGUGGGAACUACACAAGCUCAAGUGCAACACCUGUAGCUGAGAUCGACUCCUCCCUGCGUAGAACCUGGGAUAAAAUGCCAGCUCAAACCUGUGAGUACUAUUCAACAAAAGAUGCCCAAAAGUCGAAUCUUCCCAUAUCGAAUUAUGGCCCUCCUUCGCCUGGAUAUGCUGUUGAUACCAAGCCCUUUCCAGGAAGUCCCAGUCUCUCAGCCAAUGGCUCUCGUGCCUCCAUGUUUGAAGAUGAAACCUCAAUGGGGCCCGCAGAUUACGACUUGGCGACCAAAGAUGAAAAUGGAAGCCCAGAACCAGAACCACAGACUGUCGAACUCGCAAAGCUUAGACUUCAGAAACUCAUGGAUGAUAGUUCACCAGAAGUAUUGGAAGACGAGGUAAAGAAAACAAACGAUUUCCUCAAUGGUUUAAAAAAGCACCUUCAGGUACCGGAAGCUCAGGGAAACCAAGACACAAGCCAUUGGCUGCAACAAAUCGAAACUUUACAAGCUCAAGUUGUUGAUACACCUGCAAUUAUCGGCGUCGUUGGAAACACGGGUGCAGGUAAGAGUAGUGUAAUUAAUGCCAUGCUUGAUGAAGAACGCUUAGUGCCCACCAAUUGUAUGCGCGCUUGUACCGCCGUUGUUACAGAAAUGUCAUGGAACUCUAUUGAUGACCCGAACAAGAAAUAUCGAGCAGAGAUUGAAUUUAUUCAAGAAUCUGACUGGGAGAAAGACCUUGAACUUUCUCUGAACGAGUUGAUUGAUGUUUCUGGCAAUGUCUCACGAGAUUGUUCUAAUGCAGAAACCGAAGCUGGAAUUGCAUAUGCUAAGAUCAAGGCGGUCUACCCGAACAGAACGCAUGAAAUGCUAGCAAAAUCCACCGUUGAAGAGCUUCUAGCCGAAUUCGAUGUUCGCAAAGUUCUUGGAACUACCAAGACCAUUGAGAAGCCGUCUCCAGAAUUCUUCUACAAGGAACUUCAACGUUUCGUUGAUAGCAAAGAAAAGUCUACCAAAGAGAAAGGCAAAACUAAUGAGAAGAAGAAAGAGAAGAAGACUAUGGAAUUUUGGCCCUUGAUCAAAGUUGUGAGGAUCUUUGUAAAAGCCGACGCUCUCUCUACUGGAGCUGUUAUUGUCGACUUGCCUGGUGUUCACGAUUCAAAUGCAGCUCGCGCCGCUGUGGCAGCUGGCUACAUGAAACAAUGCACCGGUUUAUGGGUUUGUGCGCCUAUCAAUCGUGCAGUUGACGAUAAAGCUGCGAAGUCUCUCUUGGGAGAAUCGUUCAAACGCCAACUCAAGUAUGAUGGGCAAUUUUCGCGGAUUACGUUUAUAUGCUCCAAGACUGAUGAUAUUUCUGUCCUCGAAGCUUCAGAUUCUUUGGGUCUUGAGGACGUUAUGACAGAAGAUUACGCAAAGAUUGACCAAAUUGACAAGGAAGUUGACAAAGUUAACGCAAAAAUUGCAGAAUUAAAAGAGAGCAUGGCCGUUUAUAAUGAUAUCUAUCACGAUGCAGACGAGAGCCUAGAUAUUUGGGAUGAUCUGAGACGAGAUUUAGAUGCGGGUAAGACAGUCUACGCUCCCGAAGCUAAGCUUGAUAAAUCUCCCAAGCGAAAGCGAUCUUCUUCACCAAAGAAGUCGCGCAAGAAGUCGAAGAAAUCCGAAUCCGAAGAUGAUGACGAUGAUUUCAUUGAUGAUGAUGAUGAUGAGGAUGAGGACCGGGAAGUACAAAAUGAAGUUUCUGAUAAUGAGACCGAGGUUGAGGAAGAUGACCUCAACAGAGGCGAACCUUUAACAAUCGAAGAUAUUGAGCAAAAGAUUGACGAGCUCAAGGACACCAAAAAGAAAGCCCGUAAGGAAAAGGUUGCGAUUGAACUUGCAAUCAAAGAUGCCAAGAAUGAAUUGAAGGGGUUCGAUGCGGAAAGAAAGGAAAUUGACACCAGAAUGAGAGCCAUCUGUAUUGAUGGUCGCAACAAUUAUUCAAAGACCGCUAUCCAACAAGACUUUGCAACUGGUAUCAAGGAACUCGACAUGGAAAAUGCUGAAGAGGAAGAUGCCGAAAAUUUCAACCCGGAUGAGGACAUCAGAGAUUAUGACGCUGUAGCUCGCAGCCUUCCUGUGUUUUGCGUUAGUAGCAGAGCUUAUCAACAGUUGAAUGGAAGAUUGAAAAAGGACGCCAAAAUCCCGGGCUUUCGUAAUGUCCAGGAAACCGAGAUCCCACAACUUCAAGCGCACUGCAAGAAACUCACCGAAGCUGGUCGAAGUGCUGCUUGCCGUAGGUUUUUAAAUUCCCUUCUUCAGCUUGUGUUGUCCUUGUCCUUAUGGUCCAGCAAUGAUGGAACCAAUGUCAAUCUUUCAGAUUCGCAAAAGGCCACGGAGGCGCGCUGGCUCCAGAAAAACGUAAAGGAAUUAGAGGAAAGCCUCGAUAAGGCUGUAGGAAAGUGUGUUAUGGAAAUGAAAGACGCCCUAACCGAGAAUAUUUUCGAAAAGUUUAGCGAAGUAAUCCCUUUGGCUGCGGACCAAGCCCCUGGAAUUGUUGCGAAAUGGGGCUCUCCUGUCAACAAAAUGGAUCGUGCAGCCGGCGGUUUGCAUUUCCAGACAUACAAGGCUGUUACUCGUAGAGAUGGAGUUUAUGGAAACAAGAGUGGUACAUAUGAUUUCAAUAGCGACUUGACGGAGCCAAUCAUGAAAUACCUGGCAAGCCAUUGGGAGAAGAAUUUUUCCCGAAGACUUCCCUCUGUAUUGCGUAGUUUCACUACAAACGCCAAUCUGAUUCUGAAGAAGUUUCAUCAGGCAGUUGAGAGUAGAAGCCGCAAAAAUGGUUCUGGAAUUGCUGGCUUGUCAAUGCUGUCUCAACAACUCCGAACUUACGAAGCAACGUUCUCGAUCUUAACCACGGAAAUGGUCGAAGCUAUUAACAAUCUUCAACGUGAUGCCAAUCGAGAAUUUGUGCCUGUAAUAGCUAGGAACUUGGCACCUUCUUAUCAAUACUGUGCUAGUGAAAAAGGAGCUGGCAUGUAUAUGCGCAUGAAAGAUCAUAUGCGUGCUCAAAUUGAUCAUAAACGCAACUCUAUGUUCAAAGAAAGCUGUGAUGAAGUCAAAACGAGUCUUAAUAAGAUGUGUAGACGAGUUGAAGAGAGUAUGAAUAACAAGACCGACGAAGUUUAUUUGCUUAUGCGCAGAGACUAUUUGCAGGUCCUCAAUGGUGCUCAAGUUGGUGGUGAAGUAAUGCCAAAAUGGGAACGUCACAUGAGAUUGCAAAUUGCUCGUGCACUGGAGACCUAUGAAAAGGAUGAAGCGGAGAAGGUUCUCAACAGCGUGAAGGAUGAAGGAUCUGAAGAGACUGAAUCUUUGAAAGAGGAUGAGGCCAUGAAGGAUGCCAAAGCCAAAGAAUCAGGUGGCGAAAAGAGUGAUAAAAUUGCCGAAGGCAGUGCAGCUCGGGGUGAUGAAGCUAACGUUUUUGUCGAAGGAGAUGAUGCGACAGAGGCAAUUGCUGUCAAAAAUGAGCAGCCCAUGGAUGUAGAGACCGGCAAUCACGAGGAAUCUGAAACGUAUCAAGAAGCUCCUGAAGAAGAACCUUCUAAGAUGGAUGUUGAUGCUCCAGCUGCUGAAGUUUCUUCUGCUAUUCUUCCUCCUGCUGAAGUCACCCCAAAAGAAGCUGUCUUGACCGAAGCUACUUCGACCGAAACUUCUGAGCUCCCUUCCGCCUAG